AAAAAACAAAAAAAAAACACUUUUUUUUCGCGAUCGUAGUUGAUCUAAAAACCCAUGAUAUAAAAAAUCAACUCCAAGGAAAACCGUAACGAAACGAAGAUUUUUGCAUUAAAACUUCAAAAUUUUUGAACGGGACGUGUGCAAAGCGCAAAACCAAAACAAAGAAAAACCAAAAAUAUAAUAACUUAAACUAAGUAAAGAAACGGGAAAGAAAGAAAAUUAACUAUUAAGCGUAACCGUAACCAAACAAGCAGUGAGAUUAAUUACUAAGCACAACAACCAAACAACCAAACAAACAAAACAAGUCGGAAGAAGCAAAUCGAGUGUAAAUCCUCCACCAAAACCCAUCUACCCACACACACUCACACUCACACACAUCCACACAUAUACACAUUAUAUAUAUAUCUAGAGAUAUAUAUAUAUAUUACAAACCGCAUAAACAUGACCAACGCCAUGGAUAUCGUUAAGAACGGCAGUGCCAAUGGCUCUGUGGAUGGCAGCAAUGAUGAGUCGCGCACCAAUUUGAUAGUCAACUAUCUGCCACAAACCAUGACGCAAGAGGAGAUGCGAUCGCUCUUCUCCAGCAUUGGUGAGUUGGAGAGUUGCAAACUGGUGCGUGAUAAAGUCUCAGGUAAUUUGGUCUUGCCAGCAUCGUUAACUGCACUCAAUCCGGCUCUGCAGCAAGGCCAAAGUCUGGGCUAUGGCUUUGUUAACUAUGUACGCGCCGAGGAUGCUGAGAAGGCUGUGAACACCCUGAACGGUUUGCGUUUGCAGAAUAAGGUUAUUAAAGUAUCAUACGCCCGUCCAAGUUCAGAAUCUAUAAAGGGUGCUAAUUUAUAUGUAUCGGGUCUUCCGAAAAAUCUAUCACAACCAGACUUGGAGGGAAUGUUUGCAUCGUUUGGCAAAAUAAUUACAUCUCGUAUACUCUGUGAUAAUAUUUCUGGUCUAUCGAAGGGUGUCGGUUUUAUACGUUUCGAUCAACGCAACGAAGCUGAACGCGCCAUCCAAGAAUUGAAUGGAAAAACUCCUAAGGGCUAUGCCGAACCGAUAACAGUCAAAUUUGCCAAUAAUCCAAGCAAUAGCGCCAAAGCUCAGAUAGCCCCACCAUUGACCGCAUACCUGACGCCACAGGCGGCAGCGGCCACACGUCGUCUAGCCGGAGCUCUGCCAUCCGCUGGACGUAUUAGCAUUGGAAAAAGUCCCAUGUUAGCGAUUAACAAGGGCUUACAAAGAUACUCCCCGCUGGCUGGUGAUCUAUUGGCCAAUUCCAUAUUGCCCGGCAAUGCCAUGACUGGAUCCGGUUGGUGUAUAUUCGUCUAUAAUCUGGCCCCCGAGACCGAAGAGAAUGUGCUAUGGCAGCUAUUUGGACCCUUCGGAGCCGUCCAGUCGGUUAAGGUGAUACGGGAUCUGCAGACCAGCAAAUGCAAGGGAUUCGGCUUUGUCACCAUGACCAACUACGAUGAGGCUGUGGUGGCCAUACAAUCACUCAACGGCUAUACUCUGGGCAAUCGGGUGCUGCAGGUUAGCUUUAAGACUAACAAAACCAAAACUACUUAAGACAACCAAAAAUCCAAAGAAAAAACCAAAACCAAAACUAAACCAAAAACCAUAAACUUUAAAACUAAACUAAAUGGAUAUGGCGAAAGCUACAUCUAAAUCUCUAUAUCUAACGCAUACGGUUUGUGUUUCAAUAUAUAA